AACAAUACGACUCGACGUGAACCACAACCUGUUUUCCCAGAUAUCCCAGCAGUCUGGUGGUCAUCGCGCGCCUUUUGGAAGAUCUCCAGGACAAGAGAAAGAUCAGCAAAUCACCAAGUACCGGCCGGACAGCGUUUGUGACGGGCCUAAGACGAGAGAAGUAUCCAGUGAAAAAGAAAAGAGAAGAUUCAGUGUGGGAUCGGUGCGCGUCACAACAUUCCCAAACCAUGGUCGCUACGUUUUCACCACACCGCGAUGCAGGCGGUACCCUUCAUCUACCAUCUCCCACCGGGAUGCACCAUGUCGAUGCGAGUUCCGCCAUAAGACAACUUCGUCGGUCAUUGUCGCGCUCCCCCUCGAAGAACUCGGAUUUCCGCCUCCUGCCAUCGCGGACCAAAUCGCCAUCGAACACCCCCUUCGUCUCCUCGCCACUGUCACCGUCCAGACGAAUACACCACGGAAACCUCUUCUUUGUCCCUCAGUCUUCCAACGCGUCUCCGCUGGCGGUGCCGUAUCCUCCCAGUGCAAAGAUCACUCGACCGGUGAUGCGCCGUACCGGCACUCUCCAACCAACCCGGACGCGCACCUCGCCUCGGAGUCCGGUCAAGCGCGCCCUGACAGACUCGACGGACCAGGGAAACGCGACUCCCGUUCAGCCAUUGAUCCUUCCGCCGGGUGACGAGAAUAUGACAGAGACCCCCAACGUCCCUGACGAUGAUAGCGAGACCAGCGAAGGCUCUUGUACGGGGGAUGCGACUGGCGCAACCGAACCGAGUACCGUAUUGAAAUCCAGCAGUUUUCGCAUUGAGAAGAGACGCAGCGGGACGUUUGGCGGCUUUCCACCGUCAGUCAGUCCUCUGAAGCGCAGCGACGGGAUUAUGGGACUGGACCAGGCAAGCCGGGGCAGUCCCUCAGCGAAACGGCGCAGCGUUCACAGCGCAUCCUUUGGAAACGAAUUCAACAUCUUCGCGAAUGACGACAGCGGACUAAAUACGGCCGGUGACGCAUCAGAGAGUUCUGCUGACGAGAACACGAACCCAACACCCUUCACUCAGCAUACGCCGUUCAGUCCUCUGGCGACGAUUCCCAAGCGCUCAUCAUCGCUGAGAAGAUCCACGCUUCAACAACGGCAAAGCGAUCGCUUUUUCCUUACCCGAUCCCGGGGCUCGAGUGACGCGCCAGAGACGCCGACUGGCAGUCCGUCGAUCCGUCCUCGCAUGUCUCUUGAUAGCAAUCUUUUCCUCCCUCCUCCUGCGCCAAAAGAAAGUCUCUUCGGCUCGAGUGGCACAUUUUCAAAUCCGCCUGGUCGGUCCUUGUUCUCGUCCAAUGGCGGAAACAAUGCACGACAUCCUCUUUCGAGGACCAUCACUCAAUCCUCCUCGAGUUCCAGUCUGGCAGACGAGUCACCUACGCAUGAGCCGGUUCACAAGGUUGACCGACCAAAACCAAUCUUCAAUUUCUCCAAGUCUCUCCCGGUAGGAGCAACACGACCAGGAGCUGGACGUCAGCUCACCCGGGAAGACUCUACUUCUUCGUCGGAUUCCUUUGCAACGCCGGAUAAUUACAAGCUCGUGAAACCUCUGCCAGCUGCCUUUAUGUCGACGGGACUGAUCUCAAAGAAGAAUCGCAAUGCCGAGGAUCCUCACAGCUCGCUUGGAUUCAGCAAGAACAUGCCAGACACCCCCUGUAAACGACCCGUCAAUUUGUUCUCAACGCACAAGGCAUUGCCUGAGCGUCCAAUCGAGAAACCAAAGCUCCUUCGUCAGUCAUUCGCGGCCCCUGCCUCGCCGUUCAACCCGCCGGAGUCACGCCCGUCCCCUGGGCCUUUCUCUCGUGGGGUCGGCAUCUUUGGCAGCACGUUCAAUAAGCCAGAGACGUCGCGGCGUGGCAGUUGGGUCAGUCUGGAUGGUGACGACCGUCUGUCGCAGUCACCUUCAGCCAGGCACGACAAUGCCAUGAAUGACUUUGAUUUGCCCCCGACUCCGACGAAGCAGUCUUUCUUCCCAUCCAGAACGUAUCCUCCUCCGAGUACGCAGCUCACCCCUCUGGAGAGACUCUCAGAGCCUAAAGGACCAAGCACGAGUCCUCUGAAUGACAAGUUUCUACGGGCCUCUCCUCGUACUCCUCAGGACCAGUACUUUCCGCCUGACCCCAGCGGACUGUCCAUCUCCGCUGCGAACGAUCCCCCUCUUGCCCAGCCCGACUUCAGUCAGACGGUGCUUCCCGCAACUCCCACAGGGCCGCGGGACUCGUUCCCCCAGCCGGGCCACCGCCCUAGUCUGCCUUUGAACGUGUACAAUGCGCCUGACGUCGACCCCAGUCUUACCGCACGCUUCGAACGUGUCGAAUUGGUCGGGACUGGCGAGUUCUCUCAGGUGUAUCGUGUCUCUCAGCCUCACGCAUCCUCAUAUUCGUCAAUCUUCUCCCUGCCUUCCAGCGGGACCACAACCCCGACGGCCCUUCCUGACCGCAUCUGGGCAGUGAAGAAAGCGAAGCAUCCGUAUACGGGGCCCAAAGAUCGCCAGCGCCGGAUCCGCGAAGUCGACGUUCUGAAAGCGUUGGCUAACUCGGACCACAUCAUAUCCUUUGUAGACAGCUGGGAGGACAAGGGCCACCUGUAUAUCCAGACUGAAUACUGCGAAGAAGGUAGCCUGGAUGUCUUCCUUGCCCAGGUCGGUCUGAAGGCCAGACUUGAUGAUUUCCGCAUCUGGAAGAUCUUGCUCGAACUAUCUCUGGGACUCAAGCAUAUUCAUGACUCCGGCUUUAUCCACCUUGAUUUGAAGCCCGCCAACAUCUUGAUCACUUUUGAAGGCGUGCUGAAGAUUGCGGAUUUCGGAAUGGCUGCACGUUGGCCUGCUGAAGCCGGGAUUGAGGGCGAAGGUGAUCGUGAAUACAUCGGCCCCGAAAUCCUCAUGGGUCGGUACGACAAGCCUGCGGAUAUCUUCGCGCUAGGCUUGAUCAUGUUCGAGAUCGCUGGCAAUGUCGAGCUUCCUGACAACGGUCUGUCGUGGCAGAAACUGCGCAACGGUGACAUGAGCGACGUCCCCAGCUUGACAUGGAGUUCCGAGACAAGCAUCUUCCGAGAUGCGUCAGGCAACCCUCUGUCCGAAGAGCCCUCGUUUGAGAAGCUGUGUGCAUCUGAGUUCGGUGAUGAUGACUUUGGUGCAGACAGCUUCCUCCACACCCACCGAUCUCGAGAACAAAAGGCCGUCCGUCUCGCACGCAGCGGUGAGCUGGUGGAGCCUCCCGAGUUCAUGGUAGAUGCGAACCACGAGCAGGCCUUGGACAAGAUUGUCCGUUGGAUGAUCUCCCCAAAUCCCGACGAUCGUCCUACUGCGGACCAGAUCCUUCAGACGUACGGAGUCCAGUUUGCUGAACGUCGGCGCCGCGCCGGGGCCACCGUGUUCGAAGGCAACUGGGGCCCAGCCGACGAAGUGCUUGCCGAAGAUGCCGAAAUGAUUGAUGUCUAAUUGUUCCAACGAAUAUGCAAUCGCCCAUGCCGAAUGACCUCAGCGUUUAAUCGAGUUAAUUGACGGAUCGGAGGCGUUUUCGCAUUUCUCAGCGCCAUUUGAUGUUUUCUGACGAACAUUGCACUACAUGCAAUGGCA